CGGCUUUUUGAAACACGGUCAGGGUUAAGGAUAAAUUUUUGGAACGCCGUCAGGUAUUAAGGAGAUAAUAGUGCGCAGCGUCUCUCUCCUCCACUCAGUUCUUUGCUGGCCACAACAAGACGCGAGGGCUUAUCGGUGAUCACCACUGACUAAUAGACGAACAAGCAACAAUGUUACGAAAUCUAUUGGCGGUGGCGGUGGUGGUGGUGGUGGUCGCGGUGCACACAACCUCAGCCGCCCCAGGAAAAAACUUCAAUGAUAUAGUGAAUGAUGCGCUGCAGUCCAUCCUGGGCAAUAUAGCUGAACCCGUGAAGCCCAGCGGCCCAUUAGAAAUACGAAUUGAUCAAACCCAUGUUGCUCACGUAUACCUCAGGAUGGAUGACUGCGAGAUAACAGGCCUGAAGGACUUUUCUGCACACGACAGUACGAUAACUUUGUAUGGUGGGGUAAAAGCUAACGUCUCCAUCAGCAUCAAAUCCCCCAAGGUGACACUGACUACGGGCCAUUACUUUAUCAACGGCACCAUGGUAGAUCACGUCGAGCUCUUUGGCGAGGGUCCCGGCAUGAUCUCCGUUGAUGAAAUGGACAUCAAGGUGGAUGGAAGUGGCAGUAUUGUCGAUCAAGAAUUCACGGAUGCUACUCUUGACCUGGAGAUGUGGCGCUGGACGGUUGAUUUGGAAGACUUGAUGCCAGGGACAGACCUCGGGACGGUGUUCAAUGAGUUCUUCAGCAUGUACGGCCCGGAAAUCUUUGACAUAAUAGAGAACAACAUCAACAAGAGCGGCAAUCUGGUGAACUUUAUCAACAAUCUCAUCAAGCAUUACCGUGGGUGAUCCGGUAGUGCAGUUCGUGGCAGCACCCACUCUUGACUUGGCUCCUUGUGCCCAACUUGUUGACUGAUGGUUUAAUCUUAUCUUAAUCCUUUCACUGCUUAAAUAGAAAUACCCCCAUGUUAAUUUACGAAUCUACAGUCAUCUUUUGUAUUGUGCUAAUGGUUGAUCCUAUAUCUUAGUCCUUUUCACUGCUUAGAUAAAAAAUAUCCUAUACUCAA